CACAGGUACAGGGUAUGUUGUUUUCCUCUCCAUGAGCUGCCAUUUUAGCGGUGCUAGAUUUUGCUAUGUCUGGAAUACAACAUCCAACAAACAACCACGCUCUUGCGUUAUUAGCCCUUAAAUCAGCUCCUACAAGUCCAUCUAGAUCGGCAUGGAGCUCAGAUGGCGAAGCCAUUGCCCGGCUAGAAGGGAGAGACUUCGAAUUCACUAUGAGGAAGCCACGCAUUACCAUCGGACGAAAUAGUAGCAAAGGCGAUGUUGAUGUCAACAUGGGCCACUCAAGUUUUAUUUCUCGCGUGCAUCUCGAAAUUUUUUCUGAACACCCUAACUUUUUUAUGAAAUGUAAUGGUAAAAAUGGAGUGUUUAUUGAUGGUAUUUUUCAAAGAAAGGGAGCUCCGCCUUUACAGCUGCCUUGCACUUGUACAUUGCGUUUUCCAAGUACCAACAUCAAGAUCAAAUUUCAGUCAUUAAUUGAUGAAGCAAUCCCUCCUACUCCAUCUGUCUCUGUGACAACUCCUAAAAAGAAGCCAAUACCUCCAUUAAAAAUCAACAUACCAGAACCUCAGGAAGCAGUUUCAAAUAGUCCUUGUCCAUCUCCUACAGGCACAAUAAGUGCUGCAAACUCGUGUCCCACUAGUCCUCGUAGUGGAUCAUCUCACAAUCCCAGGUUCACAUUGAUUCCUGAUCUUCAGGCAGCUUUUGCUGCAGCUAACCCUCGUGAUGAUCGUGAUGGCAGUUCUACUCCUGCUUCAACAACCUCUUCUACUGGGGAUUCAUCAAGGGAUGAAUCCAAACCUCCAUAUUCCUAUGCCCAGUUGAUAGUGCAAGCUGUUACAUCUGCCCCUGAUAAACAGCUUACACUGUCUGGGAUAUAUGCAUAUAUUACCAAAAACUACCCUUAUUACAGAACUGCUGACAAAGGCUGGCAGAACUCUAUUAGGCACAACCUUUCCUUGAAUCGAUACUUCAUCAAGGUUCCUAGGUCUCAAGAAGAACCAGGAAAAGGCUCAUUUUGGCGCAUCGAUCCUGUUUCAGAAACAAAAUUGACAGCACAGGCAUUUAGGCGAAGAAGGCAGCGUGGUGUGCCUUGCUUCAGAACUCCUUUUGGAGGACUUUCGUCAAGAUCUGCACCAGCAAGCCCCAGUCAUUUAGCUGGAUCAUUUACUCCAGACUGCCUUUCCAGAGAAGGCAGUCCAAUACCUGAAGCGGGCAUGGAAACUGAAGUUACUCAUUCAACUACACAGGUCGGAAAUAUGCAGGGGCAUCUCCAACACCCUCAUCCAAUGAUAACUGAUUUACGGUUCUCCCAAUCUGCUCCUGGUUCACCUUCAGGUUCCAGAGUUAUGUCUCCAGUGACUGUUAGUGCCAGCACAGCGGCAGUACACCAGUUGCCCUCAGUCAUAGCUAAGCCCAAAAUAAUCAUGGCUAACCCUGGUCAAGUCUUAUUGAAUGGUCCGAUAGGCACCACUCUGACUAAUGGUACUCAUUUAGAGAUCAAAAGAGAAAAUGGAGAAGCUGUAAGUUUGGAAUUGACUGGAGCAUCUCAAAAAAUAGCUUCAAUAGUAGCUACUGCAAGUCAAGCCCAGUUUCAGUCAAGAACAGUCACCCCAGUCACAUUGGUCAGAAACUUGCAUACCAACCAGCCACUGAUGGUGGCAAAGUCUUCAAGCGGUGAGACAGGACAGGUCACUCUUAUUCAGCAGCAGAUGGCUGGUCAACAUGUGCAGAUAAUCCAGCCACAGAUGUUCUCCCAACAAGUCAUACUUCAGAAGCCCUUAGAUCAGCAAUCUGGUGGAAAUGGUUGGCAUUCUCAAGAAAAGCCUGCACUUCACGUUUUGAUGCCUCAACAGAUGGGAGUACAAAUCAAAAGGGCGCAGGAUGAUAUGUCCUCACAAGACUUGGAUGUUUCUGGCAAACGAUUGAAGAUUGAUGAGGAUGGAGAAAUGUCAGUGAAGGCAGAACUUGAGUGAACAAGUUUUAAAACGUUUUAUCUGCAUUCUUAAAAAGGAAGUUUAUACUCUAUUGCUAGCCAGUGUUCAGGCUUUGGUGGUAAAAGCAGGCAGUGAGUUUGUAGAAAACUUUUAGACUAUUUUAUGGACAUAAUGAUUGUAUUAUUUCUUGGAUAUUUCCCCAUACAGAUUGGUCAUUCUUUAUUUUUUUUGUUGUUAUAAGGGAAUAUAAGUUAAAGCGAGUUUAUGAAUAUUUAUAAGUAGAUACAGAUUUUUGUACAAAUAAGUCAGCGUGUGUGUGUGUGUGUGUGAAUAUGUGUAAGAUUGGUUCACAGGUCAGUAGAUGUUAAACAAUGUCCUAACACUACAGUCCUCUAGGUAAACAAAAUGAAGAUUAUACAACCAUCAAUACUCUUUAAGUUUUAUCCUUUAUAAAAGUCAUACUAUAUAAAUAGCAUGCAUUGUUGAUGGCAGCUGAUAUAUUUAGACAUUCUGGCAUGAGUUUUUAUUUCUUUUUUUUUUCCCACUGAUUUUUUUUAAAAAUCAUAAAUUAGCUUUUUUUUUUUUUUUUUGUCUAAAAUAUUUGCCUUAUUUUUAUUUUUUAGAAUUGGCAAAAUUUAAAAAAGACAAAUGCAAUAAUGUUUUUAAAGUGUUUAUUUUUAUAUAUACACUUGUAGAUAGAUCAUUCUCAUGGAGACUAAAAUCUGGGUAUUUUUUUAUAUAACAAUCUGCCACCUAUUAAUAUACUUGUUUGGUUUUCAGUUAUCUUAACUUAGCUUUUUUUUUUUUUUUUUGUAUUUGUUAAUUUACAAUAGUUUGUUCUGUUUCACACUUGUUGAAACUAUUUUUAAAUUCUGUUAGUAUUUUAAGCAAAAGAAAUAGGCCUUUCUUGCUUUUUAAAUAAUUGAGCUAAAUAUAAUUGAUAAGAAAAAUAUACCUUUGGAUUAUCAUUGCUAUGUGCAAACAACUGGGGAUUUUAUUUCUCAGUGCAACUUCCAUUUAAUUUUUGUGUGUGUAUAAACAGUGUUAGUCUAUUUAGAAGCAUAUUUCUUUUGUGCAGAUCUUAUUAUUCUAUGUCAUGCUGACACAUGAAGGUAUAAUGUUUCAAAGACGUCCCACACAAAUAUUUAUUGUUCAUUUUAUCUGACUGCCAAGUAAAUAAACAAAUAAGUUUACAGAAUAUGUUGAACUAAAUGCAACCUAUUCUCACAGAAAGCAUUUGUACCACGUUCUAAUUGCAGUGGUCAUACAACUGAUUCCUAAUGAUCAAAGGUGAUAUCGGUAUCAAUGAUUGAUGCUUAGUAAUGGGGUAGUGAAUGUUCUUUUGUUGUGUUGCAAUUUUGAGAUCAUCUUGACUGUUGACUAGUGAUGUUUUUUGUGUGUGUUUUCCCUUUUUUGAGUUUUGGUAAUCCUGUCUGAAUUGAGGCCAGUUCACUGUGUACGAGAGCUGGAAUAAAGGAUAAUGAAACCUCUCCACUGUCACGCAAACACCUAUAAAGUCAUAAUAUUUCCAGCACUGUUAUAUCUGUGUUACAGUUUGUCUUUAUUUUGGUACCCCAAUACAUGUUUUUAUUUACCUCAAUUAUUUUAUAAUGUUAUAUUACAUUCAUCAUUAAUUAGGAGUUACCUUUUUUGCUUAUACCAGAUAUUUGAAUAAUAGUGUCAUUUAUAAAGACUUUGCUAUUUAAGUCUUUAACAAAACAGAAGAAUAUUUUGAAACUAUUAUUUAAAAUCUAUUGGUUGGAAACUAUUUUCAUAUAUUUUAGUGCAUUUGUUUUAAAUGUAAGUUCUAAACAAAAACCCAUAUAUAUA